GCAGAAAUCAUCGCCUGCGCGUGCGCCGUGUGCAAGCAGCAGCCCCAGACUUGUCACAGAGCCUGGCGACCGCAGGGCGGCGGGGGUCCCAGUGCUGCUGCGGCCGAAUCUGUAGCGUGAGGCGUCCUUGAGCUGAGGGGACCAUGAACCGCAGUCGGCAGGUGACGUGCGUGGCCUGGGUCCGCUGCGGCGUGGCCAAAGAGACGCCAGACAAGGUAGAACUUAGUAAAGAAGAAGUAAAACGUCUCAUUGCUGAAGCUAAGGAAAAAUUACAAGAAGAAGGUGGCAGUGACGAAGAGGAGACAGGCGAUCCUUCAGAAGAUGGCAUGCAGAGUGCACGUACCCAGGCACGACCAAGGGAGCCCCUGGAAGAUGGCGACCCAGAGGAUGACAGGACGCUGGAUGAUGAUGAGCUGGCUGAAUACGACUUAGAUAAAUAUGAUGAGGAAGGUGACCCAGAUACUGAAACUCUCGGUGAAUCUCUCUUGGGUCUUACAGUCUAUGGAAGUAAUGAUCAAGAUCCUUAUGUUACUCUGAAAGAUACGGAGCAAUAUGAACGUGAAGAUUUCUUGAUCAAGCCCAGUGACAAUCUGAUCGUUUGUGGCAGAGCUGAACAAGACCAGUGCAAUUUAGAGGUCCACGUUUAUAAUCAGGAAGAAGAUUCCUUUUAUGUGCAUCAUGAUAUACUGCUGUCUGCAUACCCUCUCAGCGUGGAAUGGCUGAAUUUUGAUCCCAGUCCAGAUGAUUCUACAGGAAAUUAUAUUGCUGUGGGAAAUAUGACCCCCGUUAUUGAAGUGUGGGACCUUGACAUAGUGGACUCUUUAGAACCGGUCUUCACUCUUGGAAGUAAGCUAUCGAAAAAGAAGAAAAAGAAAGGGAAGAAGAGUUCCUCAGCAGAGGGGCAUACCGACGCUGUCCUGGACCUUUCUUGGAAUAAGCUGAUCAGAAACGUGCUGGCAAGUGCAUCAGCUGACAACACCGUAAUUCUGUGGGAUAUGUCCCUAGGGAAACCAGCAGCUAGCCUUGCUGUACACACAGACAAGGUCCAGACUCUGCAGUUUCAUCCAUUUGAAGCACAGACUCUGAUUUCUGGAUCCUAUGAUAAGUCAGUGGCUUUGUAUGACUGCCGAAGUCCGGAUGAAAGCCAUCGAAUGUGGCGAUUCAGCGGGCAGAUUGAGAGAGUGACUUGGAAUCACUUUUCACCUUGUCAUUUUUUGGCCAGUACAGAUGACGGCUUUGUGUAUAAUUUGGAUGCACGUUCAGAUAAGCCAAUUUUUACACUUAAUGCACACAAUGAUGAAAUUUCCGGUCUUGAUCUAAGUAGUCAAAUCAAGGGCUGUCUUGUGACAGCAUCAGCAGACAAGUAUGUGAAGAUCUGGGACAUAUUAGGAGACAGGCCAAGUCUGGUUCACUCUAGGGACAUGAAAAUGGGAGUUCUGUUCUGUUCUUCCUGUUGCCCUGAUUUGCCAUUUAUUUAUGCCUUUGGAGGUCAGAAAGAAGGGCUUCGGGUCUGGGAUAUAAGCACAGUCUCAUCAGUAAAUGAAGCAUUUGGAAGACGAGAGAGGCUUGUUCUUGGCCAUACGAGAAGUUCAUCUAUCAGUGGCCCUUUUGGGAGCAGGAGCUCAGACACACCAAUGGAGUCUUAAUGCGGAGCAGAAAAUUUCCUGGUUUUUAUUACCUUAACUCGGUUUUAAAAACCUGGCCGAGAAAUCUCCACGUGUAGCUAUAGCCAUGUAGUGACUGAAACAAACUUCGUUUCUUGCUGCCAGACAUUCCUCUGCGGCUAUGGCGGCAGCACAGACAGGGCUGGUCUUUGUGCUUUGCCUUUUCAGUGUGUGGGGUUUAGGGAUCCUGCUCAUUUCUGGAAGAGGAUAAUAAAGAGGUUUUUAAAAAAUAAUUCCUAAAAUAUGCCAUAUGUCAUAAGUGACCUAUAGGUUUGUAAAAUAGGUAGUAAUUUAUGGAGUUUUAGAAGAAAAUCCUCUGAUUUUAAACGAUGGGUAAACCCAGGCCUUGAAAGGUUGUGACUUGGCCAAGAUUGCACAGGAUUUAUGGCUAAACACGGGCAGGUGCCCCAGGAAUUGCUCUUUCCUGACUUGACUCUUUUCCAACUAAUGUUCAUGAUUUUAGAAAUGUUCUCAGUGCUACUUGUAAAGUUCAGUGACUAAAUUAAAGGUGAAAUGUCUCUUUU